CACACACACACACACACACACACACUAAAAAAAAAUUAAAGAAAGGAAGAAUUGGAUCCAGGGACAAUUACUUGGAAACUGUGCCAGAAUAUACUGUGAAAUUAUAGGGGGAAAGGCAAGUUAUAAGAGCAAUUAGUAAAGUGUAGACUCAUUUUUAUUUAAUAUGCCCUGGGAAAGGCCUGGAAGAUACGCCAGGCUGUAGGCAGGAUCUACCUAUGCCUGUAGGAAUCCAGAGGAAAUGAGUUCCUUGUCCAGGAGGUUAUGCAAAUAAAGCUGGCUCUAGCAGGGAGGGACGCUGCAGGGUUUCCCACGGGGUUCUGACAGCGGCUGGCUGCGCAGUGUGAGAGAGGGGCGGCGAGGAACAGUGGGCAGAGUCCAUCCCCAAAGGAAAGGGUUAACGAUCCCGCGCUCCUGUGGGCGGGCUCGGCGAGGAGAUCGGCAGCGCUGGGCUCUGCUGGCCGAGCCUGAGCAUCUCCGAGGAUGCGGCGGCGGGAGAGGCUGCAGGGACGCGCGCAAGGUGAACGCGGGGCUGCGGGUGCAGCGCGCAGGCUUAUCCAGUGAGGUCUAGACGUCACAGGCUCUACACUCAGGCACCGAAUUGAACCAUGGCCCCUAGCUCACGAGGCUCUGUAUGCCGUCUCCUCCUGCUGUUGCCCUGCCUGGGGGCUGGCCCUGCCUUGGGCAGAGGCCUUCCCAGACCACUUGAGGACUCAGAACCCCACUUGAUCCCCUCAGAGCCGCAGACCUUUGACCUCUUCUGGGAGAAGCUGAGAAAUGAGAGUUCCUGGCACAGUGGCAUCCCCCAGGCCCCUGCUGAUGGCCCCAAGAGGCCUGCAGACUCUCCCCCAGGACCAGCCCUGCGUGGACCCAAAGCAGUGCCCGGGGUCCAGGGUGAAAGACUCCUAGUAACUGAUGACCUCCAGCUGGCCCGAGGGCUUACCUCCCAAGGCUGGACAGGACCUCACGACUCACAGGAGCUUCCAGAGCCAGAAGCACCAGCCCCCCACCCAGUGGGAACACCCCAUCUCACGUUCACCGCUACAACUCCCAGCCCUCAACUCAGGAUAGCCACACUUGCCACUGCCCCACAGGAGCCUAGGGGCCCAACAGGACAACAGCCAGCUAGGAAUGAGGGUCCAGUGGCCAACGCCAAGACCCCCAUCACACAGGCUUCCCCCUGGGACUACCAGGGCUCUCUCCCCACGCUGGUACCGGAAACAGGUGCUGUGAGGAGGCUUGUGCUGGGAAAGCAGGGUGGGCAGGAAGAGGGCUUCCAGGAGGCUGUCCAGGGCCCCCUACUCACCCAGCAGGAUCCAGCAGCCCCUGAGGUUGGCUCAGCAUCCCCAGCUGAGGUGGCAUCCACUCAGGAGCCUGGAGUCCAGCUAGACCUGGCAUUGGCCAGAAGCCUUCCUCUUCCUGAGGGUCUGCCCGCUGAGCCCCCCAAAAAGGCUGGAGCUGGAGAUACCUGGGAAGUCAGCUCUUUGGGACCCCAACCUGAGCAGACUGACCUCCUUGGAGGACAAGACUCCCCAGCACCCCAGCCCAUACCACCUUCAGCCUCAGACACUUCCGAUGGGCAGCUAAGACCAGCAAUAGCCUCGAUGAAUGGAGCAGACCCCAUCUCCCCACAGCGCGUGCGAGGAGCAAUGGAGGCCCCAGGAACCCCCAAGUCCUUCGUCCCUGAUCUGCCAAACUCUGCUCCAGCUGCAAAUGGAACAGAAAGCCCUGUGAGGGCCCUGCAGCCAGAUGAAGCCGAGGAAUGGCCGGGUCGCCCACAAAGCCACCCUCCAGCACCCCCUGUCCAGGCCCCCUCGACAUCUCGGCGUGGCCUUAUUAGAGUCACUACACAGAGAGCCCUGGGCCAGCCACUCGCUCCGGAGCCCUCAGCCAGCUCCAUGGCUCCAGACCCAGCUUCUAGCCCCCCAGCCAAUGCCACCGCACCUCCCCUGCGUUGGGGACCCCUGCGGCGGGUGCUGAGUUUUUCCUGGGAGCUUCAUGUCUAUGGGGUGGGGGUGCUUUUCCUGCUUCCAGCAUUAUUGGCAUUGGUCACACUGGCAGCUGCCCUGGCGGGACCCCGAUUGGCGCUAGUGGCAGCCGUGCUGGUGUUGGUAGCUUCAGGGCUGCGAUCUGCCUACAUGCUCACCGAUCCUUAUGGCUCUCAGGCGCGGCUGGGAGUACGUGCCGGCCUGGUGCUGUACAACCUGCCCUUCCCCUUGCUGCUCACUGCACUGGCGGCACUCACCCUUCUGGGCCUGGGUGCCGGGCUGCCACAGCCUCUGCAGAAGCCACUCCUGCUGGGUGUUGUGGCACCAGUGCAUGCCGCAGGUUUGCUGGCCACAGACCUGUUCUCCACCAGGCCUGUGCUCAACCUCCUGACACAAGGCUUGUCUUGCGCCUGGGGCGCAUCUGUGGCUCUGGGCACACUCUGCCUCUGCCGUCGCCGCCUGCUGGAAGGUCCUCGGGGCUGGGAUGCCAGUCCAGGCCCGCGGCUGCUGGCGGUGGCGGGCUCGCUGGGGCUGCUGGCCAGUGGUCUGCAGUUGGCAGCCUCGCUCUGGCUGUACCCAGGACCGGGCCGGGAGGGUCGCUUCUCCUGGGCCUGGUGGGGUGUGCACUUCUGGUUGCGCCUGCUGGAGCUGACCUGGGCACUGGCUCUGGCGCUGGCCGCCCUGGCUGCCACCCGUCCCAGGCCGCCCACAGAGCACGCUUGCUGGGCUAAGCUGCUACGCCUGGCGUGUCCCGCGCCCACGGGCAAAAGCGAGGUACCCGAGAGACCAAAUAACUGCUAUGCGGGGCCCAGUGGCCUGGCCACAGGCGGCCUGGACAUCAGCAAAAGCCUCAUUCGCAACGCUGCGGAAGCUGGGUUUCCUGCCACGCCUGGUUCCGGACCCUGGGGUUCGGCUGCAUCGCUGGGUCGCGGUCGCCCAGGUGGCCCGGGGAUGUCCCGCUGCAGUGUGGGGCCUGCGCCGUCGCUGAGCGAGUUGGAUCUGCGGCCACCCUCGCCCAUCAAUUUGAGCCGCAGCAUCGACGCCGCCCUCUUCCGGGAGCAUCUGGUUAGAGACAGUGUGUUCCACCGCUGUGGCCUCCGUGGCCUGGCCUCGUCGCCGCCAGGGGGCGCCUUGCGGCCUCGCCGCGGCAGCCAGCCGGACGCUGAGCUCGACGGCGCGGGCGCCUCGCUGCUCCGAGGCCGCUGCCGCUCGCUCAGUGAGGUGUGCUUGCGCAAGCCGCUCCCGCAGCACGUGGUGGACCCGCCCGUGAGCGCGGCGGCCGCGGGGACUUCGGGCAGCUCCCUGGACAGCUUCUCCAAGGGCUCGCUGAAGAUCAGCUGGAACCCGUGGCGUCACAGGGUGUCGUCCGUGGACAGCCUGCCCCUGGAUGAGCUGCCCAGCACCGUGCAACUGCUGCCAGCGCCUACUCCAGCGCCUGCGCCUACCCGGGCCGGGGAGCCUCAGAGCGAGAGCCAGACCCGCAGCAAGGCCAGCGAAUCUCACAGCGCAUCCAGUGACACUAUAGAGCUCUGAGCGGCUGCCAGGGAGGACCUGGACGCUCCCCUCAAGGUCCACACGAAGUUGCCAAGCCAAAACAGUUGAGCAUUUGAAAAAUUGGCCUUCUGAGGCCUGCACUUGACUGCAGCUCCCGGGGACAGACGGGCUUGAAUUCACCAGACUCGUUUUUUUGUUUUGUUUUGAAUAUUUCUAUCCUUUUUUUCAGCAGAUAUUUUGCACAGAGGCUGUGAGUUACACGGAAUACAGGGUGGACGUGCAUGGUUUGAUCAUGGGGAGUAGGGACCAGGUACUCCCGAUUCCCCAAAAUGGAGAGAUGCACCUCA